CUCUUAAAAUGCAUCCUUAUCGAUAUAAAAGUUAUUUUUGUGCUGUGAUGUCAUUAUUUGACAAUAUACUUUAACGUUAUAAAUUCCUAGUCAUAUUUAAAUUGUAAAUAACCUAAUCUUAAUUAAAUAUUUUUUCGUAAUAUGGCAAAGACUAAAACAAUUAGUAAAGGUUGCCCUAAAUGUGAACAACAGGUCCCUGUAGCUUGCAAAGCAUGUCCAUGUGGACAUUCAUUUUUCAAUGCAAGACGAAAUUCAAUAAAAAGUCCUCCUAGUCCUGAUAAUGGAGUAAUGAAAACAAGACGAACCAAUCGAAUCAAACGUGAAAAACCAAAUUAUUAUGAUGCCUUAGAAUAUGAUAAACAGUCAAAAAAAAGUGCUAAAAUUAGAAAAGCAACAGAUGCUGCUAGUGAUAUAGAUUGCAGACAAUUAAAUAAAAAAAAGAAACGAAAGGGAAAAGGUAAAGGAAAGAGUGGAAGUAAUAAUGGGAUAGGAGAUGAUGAUGAUGAAAUGGAAGGAAUUAAUAGUUUAUCACCAGAAAAACAGCUUACAUGUUCUUUAAUAUUACAAGAAUUAAAUAACAAAAUGAGAGUUGUGGCUUGGAAACCAACAUAAUUUUUCUUCAUUGUGACAUAUUUCUUAAUCUAAGAAAUACUAGUAUCCAGUUUUAGUAAAACAUAAUCAUUUUAUAUAGAUAUUGAAUUGUAUUUGAAAUACUAUCUAUUAUGCAAUCUAAAAGAUUAAGAUAGUAUUAUAUAAUGUUAUGCAAAUUGAUAGCAUUAAUUUAUAUAAAUUAUAUAUAAUUUUUAUUAACAGAAAUAUAUAUAUAUGUAU